AUGAGUUGCAUUGUGAACCUGUGGUCCAUUACUUUUCUUCAAGGACCCGGAUACUCCUGUCAGUUGACACUGGACCCCAACACAGCAAACAAAUACCUGUCUCUGUCAAUGGGGAACAGGAAGGUGACAUGUGGGGCAAAGCAGCCACAUCCUGAUCAUCCAGAGAGAUUUGACCGCUGGGAGCAAGUUCUGUGCAGAGAGAGUCUGACUGCCCGCUGUUACUGGGAGGCUGAGUGGGAUGAAGAUGAAGCAUGGAUAGGAGUGACUUAUAAAGGGAUCAGGAGGAAAGGAUGGAGUGAUGACUGUGGGCUUGGAACCAAUGACAAGUCAUGGAUUCUGUGCUGUGGUCCUGACAGUUACUCUGUCUGGCACAAUAAUAAACAGACUCGCAUACCCAUAGAGCCCUCAGGCUCCCUCAGAGUAGGAGUGUAUCUGGACUGGGGGGCUGGUGCUCUGUCCUUCUACAGAGUCUCCUCUGAUGGACUAACCCCCCUACACAGAUUCACCUCCUCAUUCACUGAGCCCCUCUAUCCAGGGUUUUUUGUUGAUAUAACGUCCUCAGUGUCACUGUGACGUGUUGCUGGUUCUCCUGGCAAAAAGGUAAAAUCUCUGCUUUUUAACCUUUAUAAUCCUUUUUACUCUGAUAUAUGUUUGACAAAAAUGCCUGUGAUCAGUGAGCUGAAUAAACAUAUAGUUUUAUAGUUUCUGACUAAAAUAUAACUAAAUGUAAUCGUGAUAUCCUGAA